UCUCUCUCUCUUUCUCUCUCUCUCUCUAUCUCCAUUGAAGAUCGAAGAAGAAGAAGGAAGAGGAGCUCUCUGCCGGAAACGCAGGUGGCCAGCGGCGGAGAAUGAGGCAACGGCGAGGCGAGAGGCAAGAGCCGCCGUACCACGUGGUCCACAAGCUCCCUCCCGGCGACACUCCUUACGUCCGCGCCAAGCGCCUCCAGUUGGUCGAGAAGGAUCCAGAUGCAGCAAUUGCUUUGUUCUGGAAGGCUAUAAAUGAAGGAGACAGGGUUGAUAGUGCUCUUAAGGACAUGGCGAUUGUGAUGAAACAGCAAGAUAGAACAGAAGAAGCUAUUGGAGCGAUAAAAUCUUUUAGAGGCCAGUGUUCGAAACAAGCUCAAGAGUCACUGGACAACAUUCUCAUCGACUUGUACAAGAAAUGCGGAAGACUUGAAGAGCAGAUAGAACUACUGAAACAAAAGCUUUGGACAAUAUACCAUGGCGAGGCCUUCAACGGGAAGCCAACAAAGACGGCGCGUUCUCAUGGAAAGAAGUUUCAGGUCACUAUCAAGCAAGAGAUAUCCCGGAUACUGGGCAACUUGGGUUGGGCCUACAUGCAGAAAGGAAAUUAUAUGGCAGCCGAAGUUGUCUACCGUAAAGCUCAAAUCAUUGACCCCGACGCCAACAAGGCCUGCAACUUGUGUCAUUGCCUGAUCAAGCAAACACGAAUUGCCGAGGCACGCUCGAUACUGGACGAAGUAAUGCAGGGUGACAUGGUUGGAUCCAAUGAUCACAAGUCAAAAGCCCGAACUGAAGAACUACUCAUAGAACUAAAUUCAUCGCAUGCGUCGCCUCUAUCGCCUCUAUCGGCACAAGAGUCAGCAUCCAGCGUAGAAGACGCUCUGGUGCAAGGGCUGGACCAUUUGAUGAAACAAUGGACACCAUUUCGGUCGAAGAGACUUCCCAUCUUCGAAGAGAUCUCUCCCUUUCGGGAUCAGGUGGCAUGCUGAUUUUAUUGUGAUCCCCCCAGCCACCCCCACGAUGUAUACGAUGGAAAUGACGUUCAGUCCUGCCAGGGAAUGCCUUCGGGUCGAAAAGUUAGCAUGGUAGAGUCAAUGUGUGUUGAUGCUUCAUGUUUGGUGGCGAUGUCCGACAUAGAUCAGGGUCGAGGAAGAACGUCAGUAUACAAAAUGUUUUGCGUGACGUCAUGCCAUUUGUAGCUUUCAAUGUCCUUUGUGCUAGGAUAUGGGGAAAUAAAAUCUACAAGAAUCAUUUGUGAGCCAUA